AUGUCUGAAAUAACUGAGGAGAAGGUUUUGCAAUAUUUGAAAAGCAAUCCGAACGUUUUGGAAGCUUAUGUGACGAGCAGUCAAAUAAGUCGGGAAACAUUCCAAAAAUGGACUGCUCGACGACAUUCAAAGCUUCAAAAGGAAUCGUCACGGAAAUCGCUUGUCGGAUUCUGGGGUGCCGAUGAUCUUGCCUCUCGUCGACGUCUUAUUAUGGAUCAGGGCGAUCAAAAGAUAAGGCUUCUCUUCGAACUUGGAGAAUGUUGUGCUCAGAUGACUGCCACUGACGCUGUCGAGUUGACAAUCACAAACGAUGAAGGUUGUUUUAACAUAUACAAAACUUCGGAAGGAUUAAUCAAACUCAAGAAAACUAAGAAAGGAAAAAAACCUGCAGCCUACAUCCAAAUGUUGGUCGAUCCAUCUGAAAAGACAAUCGGCGAAGUUCAGUUCUUCAUGCCACUCACGGAUAAGGAUAAGCAGAUUGUCAAUGUUAUAUGUACAUGGGCAAUGGGUUGUGUUUACUAUGCUCAGAUUUCAAAUAAUGAAGAAGAAGCUCCUCGUGUUGUUCGUCAACGGAAACUGAACACCUUCCUUCUGGAUGUGACUCGGAGCAUUUUUCAAGAUAUUGUUUCGAUGGAUACAGUCAUCAUCAAAGUUAUGAAUUUUGCACAAAAACUUGUCAAUGCUGAUCGGGCUUCCCUCUUCCUGGUUGAUGCUAAGACAAAGGAACUCUAUGCUCGCAUUUUCGAUGUCGGAACAGGACAGGACGAACACGUACGAAUUGAUCGUGAAGGCAAAAAGGAAAUUCGUUUUCCAAUUACGAAAGGAAUCGCUGGCUAUGUUGCUUGUACAGGAGAAGGAUUGAAUAUAACCAAUGCUUAUGAUGAUCAACGUUUCAACAAGGAUGUUGAUUCGAAGACUGGCUAUACAACUCGAACCAUUUUAUGUAUGCCCAUAUUCAUUCGAGGAAUUGUCAUCGGAGUUGUUCAAAUGGUUAACAAGCAGAGUGGCAACUUUACGAAAGACGAUGAAGAUGCUUUCCAAGUCUUCGCCGUCUACUGUGGAUUAGCCCUUCAUCAUGCAAAAUUGUACGACAAAAUCCGUCGCAGUGAACAAAAAUACCGUGUAGCAUUGGAAGUCUUGGCUUAUCAUAGUGUCUGUAAUCGGGACGAAGUUGCCAAAUUGAAAAAAAUUCAACUGAAAGAGAGAGUACAAGAGUUGGAAACAUUCGACUUCAAUGGAAUGAAGCUGUCUGAGUUAGAAAAACCUCUGUACGCUGUCUACAUGUUCAAAACACUCUUCCACGGUGACAUACGGUUCGAUCAGGAUGAUCUCACUCGUUUCGUUCUGACAGUUCGGAAAAACUAUCGUCGAGUUGCUUACCAUAACUGGGCUCAUGGUUGGUCGGUAGCUCAUGCUAUGUUUGUCCUCUUGUUCAGUAAUAACCAAAUUUUCCGACCACACGAGGCUUUGGCAUUAUACGUGGCUUGCUUAUGCCAUGAUCUAGAUCAUAGAGGAAAGAAUAAUGCUUACAUGAAAACAAUGAGCACUCCUCUGGCUGCCAUUUACACAACAUCUGUUAUGGAACAUCAUCAUUUCAAUCAAACUGUAACUAUCUUACAGCAGGAUGGCCAUAAUAUUUUGAAGUCACUCUCAUCUGAAGAGUAUAAGCAAGCCCUUAGCCUUAUCAAACAUUGCAUUCUUGCAACAGACCUGGCUCUCUUUUUCUCAAACAAAGCUGAACUGAAUAAUAUCCUGGACGAAGGAAAGUAUGAUAUCAACGAUGAGCAUCAUAGAAAACUUACUCAAGCUAUUCUCAUGACUGGUUGCGAUUUAAUCGCUUCUGCCAAACCGUGGCAAAUCCAAACAGAAACUGUCAAAGUUAUCUUCGAAGAGUUUUAUGAACAAGGAGAUGCCGAAAGAAACAAUGGUCGUGUUCCUAUUGCCAUGAUGGACCGUCAAAAAGCUCAUGAACUUCCUCAGAUGCAGGUUGGAUUCAUGAGAGGUAUAUGCUUGCCUUGCUAUGAGCUGAUUGCUCGAAUUAUACCUGAAGCAUCCGGAUUACGAGACCGCUGCAGAUAUAAUGCAGAGAAAUGGGAAGAACUUGCGGAAGAUCAAAGAAAGCGAGAAGAAGAGAAAGCUAAAGAGACACCAGCAGAGCAGUGA